UAGAAGAACACUAUCUGCUUCACUUCAGCUUAGCUAACAACUGGAGAGAAAACCAGCAACCGCCGAGCAAACUGAGCUUAAAAUCGCGCUUUCUUUUUUCCGGUCACCGUUUGACCGACAUGCCUCCAAUUCUAUCUUCGCUUCAUGCCGUUCACCCACUAAUCAGCCGUCUUUACGCGAAACCGCUAUUUCUUUCCUUUACUAAUCUCUCCCACUCUUCUCUUUCGCUUCGCGAAUUUUCUCUGCCCAGGCAAUCAUUCCCUGUGAAGGUUAGAACUCUUUCCUCAAUAGCCUCCGCUGCACAGUCUCCAAGUGAAAAUGGUAGUGGAGGUGGGAGGUCAGGCGCUUUAUCGGCACCGCCACCUGUUCUCGAGGAAGCAGUUCAAAAAAUCGACGUUAAUCCUCCUAAAGGAACUAGAGAUUUUCCUCCUGAAGAAAUGCGACUCCGUAAUUGGCUCUUCCACAAUUUCAGAGAGGUUUCAAGAUUGUAUGGAUUCGAGGAGGUUGAUUUUCCAGUAUUGGAGUCGGAGGCAUUGUUUAUUCGGAAAGCCGGAGAGGAAAUUAGGGACCAGUUGUAUUGUUUUGAGGAUCGUGGAAAUCGUCGUGUUGCAUUGAGACCUGAGCUCACUCCAUCUCUGGCAAGGCUAGUGAUACAAAAAGGAAAAUCAGUACCCCUGCCACUGAAAUGGUUUGCUGUUGGACAGUGCUGGCGAUAUGAGAGGAUGACAAGAGGACGCCGUCGUGAGCACUACCAGUGGAAUAUGGAUAUCAUUGGUGUACCCGAAGUCACAGCCGAAGCAGAGCUUAUUUCUUCCAUUGUCACAUUUUUCAAGCGAAUUGGAAUCACUGCCUCAGAUGUUGGAUUCAAGGUUUCUAGCCGAAAGGUUUUGCAGGAAGUACUGAAGUGCUAUUCCAUAUCUGAAAAUUUGUUUGGCAAGGUCUGCAUUAUCAUAGACAAGAUCGAGAAGAUUCCUAUUGAUGAAAUCAAGAAAGAAUUGAAGUCAGUUGGGAUGUCAGAAGAGGCUGUGGAGGAGCUGUUGCAGGUCCUUUCCAUCAAGUCAUUGACAAAGUUGGAAGAGAUACUUGGAGGUGCAGGGGAGGCUGUUGCUGAUCUUAAACAACUUUUCUCCCUUGCUGAAAAUUUCGGUUAUUCUGAAUGGAUUCAGUUUGAUGCUUCAGUUGUCCGUGGCCUGGCUUACUACACUGGUAUUGUUUUUGAGGGUUUUGAUAGAGAAGGAAAGUUGAGAGCCAUAUGUGGUGGAGGAAGAUAUGAUCGGUUACUCUCUACUUUUGGUGGUGAUGACCUUCCAGCUUGUGGUUUUGGAUUUGGCGAUGCUGUUAUAGUAGAACUACUGAAGGAGAAGGGUCUUCUACCAGAACUCAGCCUCCAAGUAGAGAACAUUGUAUGUGCACUAGAUCCUGAUCUUCAAGGGGCAGCGUCUACAGUUGCUACCAUUCUCAGAGAGAAGGGACAAACAGUUGAUUUAGUUUUGGAAAACAAACCUCUAAAAUGGGUCUUCAAAAGGGCAGGACGUAUAAAUGCACAAAGGCUUAUAUUGGUGGGAAAUACAGAGUGGCAAAAGGGUAUGGUUGGUGUGAAAAUCCUCUCUUCUGGUGAACAAUACGAGGUUAAACUUGAUGAGCUAGAGUGACAAGGAAUUGGAUUAUCAGCGCUCUUGUGAAUUUGGGGUGACGCCCUUUGUCUCUGUGCUAUAUUUAUGUUUAUCAAUAGGUAAGAACUCAUCAGUUCAUAUUCUUUCCCCAAUUCUUACAUUUGCAUGAUCUUUGGUGGAGUUAAUAGAAAAAAACGGUUAUUUAGUGUUGUCAUUCUACUAGCUACUUCGAUAUUGAUCAUUGUUGUUUCAUCACUCUUAAAGCUUCUAGGCUCAAGAAAUUUUGUAAACCUUAAAAUAAAAGGCUUAAUGGAUAUUUUCAUCUCAAAUGGGACUUAA